AUGGGACAAUUGAAACCUUUCCCGUCGUAUGGAAAUGAUAGAACGGCUGUGGAGCCGGUGCAAGACCACCGAAGACGGCGGUCGUCAAGUAUAAUAUCGCAUGUGGAGCCGGAGACGUUUGAGGAGGAGAAUGAUCAGCAGUUGUUGCCGAAUAUGAAUGUGACGUGGGUGGAGCAGAGGGGUGCGUGGGGGAUCCAUGCGGUGAUUAUAUUUCUAUUGAAGUUGUUUUAUAACAUGGUACCAAGAAUCAGCAAUGAGUGGUCGUGGACAAUGACGAACAUGAGCUAUGUGAUUGGAUCAUAUAUUAUGUUUCACUUGAUUAAGGGGACGCCGUUUGAGUUUAAUGGGGGUGCUUAUGAUAAUUUGACCAUGUGGGAACAAUUGGACAAUGGGGUGUUGUAUACUCCGACCAAGAAGUUUUUGAUUAGUGUGCCGAUUGCGUUAUUUCUGCUAAGCACGCAUUACUCUCGGUAUGAUUUGAAGUUAUUUUCGCUGAAUUUUGUAUUGACGACACUAGUAGCGGUGGUGCCUAAGCUGCCCUUGACUCAUCGUGUGCGGAUCACUAUUCCAGGGAUUACUGGCCCAGCCCAGAUUGGAUAA